AUGCACGGGGCGCCCCUUGGCCCAAGGCUUCCUGCCUUGAUUGUUCCCGAAAGAAACGCAGAUCCACGAUAUAUGCUCUCGUCCGACAUUGCCUACCUGAAUACACAACAUAUGUCCCAAACGCUCCCUCUGCGAUCCCAUCACCAACCUCCUGGAAGCUCUGAUGCCCGUGGUUACUACAACCCAUACGAAGAGAGAACGUACCCAAGUUCGAGCCAUGCCCGUGACUAUGAUAGUCACCGGAGCUGGACAUACGACGUGGAGUCCCAACACAGCAACAGUUCCACGGCCAUGCCCAGCCCCGUCUGGUCAGACAAAAGUGCAGCUACGCACGCAUUCAAUCCUAUACUAGCCAGUACCCACCAAGGUCCGAAACCACAAUCCCGAAACGCGAACUACAGAAUGCCACAUGGCUUCGACAAGCUCCUCCACCAUGACCCAGAGCCGCAAUCACCAUCACCUCCUCCACGACCCAGACGACCAUCCACCGAAUCCAGAUACCAUCUCCACAUCCGGCAACAGCCCAUCGCCGCACGAGCCUGUGGCGCAGGCGACAGAGACCGCCGCCCCGUCGACCCACCUCCAAUCGUGCAGAUCCUCCUUACCGACUUCGACUCGAACUCCCAGGAAGACCGGGAUCUCCUCCAAGACCCCCGCUUCACAGUGGGCUGUCUACUAUUCCCCGUCUCACCCUCUUUACCAUGGGCCGAGCCAACAGAAACACAUCCGCGCGAGCGCGACCAGAAUCGAGAUCAAGAUCGAAAUCGCGAUAGAGAACGAGAACGAGAACGAGAAAGAGAAACGGACGGCGUUGCCCGUACAGACGACAACUUCUCAACCCCAUUACUGUCCGGCAAAGCCUUCAUGUCCCCUUUCUACGUCGACGCCGACCCAGACCCCAACUCCGCACCCGCACAUCCAUCCUCCAUAACCGAUGCCCAUCUAGACAACCCCCCUCACCACGCCUACAACAAUGCCGCCUCGCGCCUCCACCAACCAGCUACCUUUUUCAUCUUUGCGGAUCUCUCGAUCCGCUCGGCGGGCCUCUAUAGGCUCCAGUUCCGAUUGAUGAAUUGGGGCUCUGUUGAGGAUACGGGGCAGUCGAUGCCGAUUCUUGCGGAGGCGUGGUCUGAUCCGUUCCGUGUGUAUCCUGCAAAGGAUUUUCCGGGGAUGAGGGAUUCGUCGAUUCUUGCCGAGGGGUUGAAAGAGCUUGGGUUUGUAGAGUUGAAGACGAGGGGGCAUGGGAAGGGAAAGGGGAAAAAGAGGCGGUGA